AUGGCCACGGCUACGCGGGGGCCCAGCGAGCCGCCGCCUCGCCCAGACGUCGGCGAUACCCUGGUAGUAAUUCAUGAUUUUACCGCCCGAAGCUCCGACGAGCUGAGUCUGUCCAAAGGCGACAGAGUCGAACUGAUUGAGCGGGAUGACGAGUUUGGUGACGGGUGGUUUCUGGGCCGUAACCUCGUCAGCGACAGCACCGGCCUCUUCCCCGAAGUAUACACUCGUCCGACACCGAGGAAUGUACCAGGCUUGCCCCCCUCGCAACCGGCGGCUCCCGCCCCGCCAGCCGACAACAAUGACAAUGUCGGCCAGCAACGCGUUGCGAACGCUCCUAUAAGUUCGACACCAGUCUCAGAGCCUGCCCCGAGUCAGCCGCCCGCCAGCGUGGUCGAGUCAACGACGUCGCUGCCUCUACACAUCAAGCCCGAAACCUCGGAUUCCGCGAGCGUAACCACGGCGAGCUCGCCCGCUCCAGCAACGCGACCUACGCCCCCCCGCCAGAACCAGGACAGCCAAGUGCUAAACGACACGCUCAAUGUGAUUAAUGAGCACAUUACAAACCUGAGAGGCUCGCCCAGUAACGGAGGGCUUCGAAUUCCAGGCGGAGUGAACGAUUCCGGCAGCGAGUACAGCAUGCCGCUGGACCACAGGACAUCAUACAUUCAGGGCGAGGAGACGGACGAGGAGGAGGAUCGCGAGCGCAGUCGCUCCGAGGUGGAGUCUUGGACUGCGGACCAAGUUGCCGAGUACCUCUUCACCGUUGGUGUUGAGAAACAACAUUGCGAGAUAUUCAGAGAUCAGGAAAUCACAGGCGAGGUGCUCCUGGGAAUGGACCAGAGCUCCCUCUUCAUCAAGGCUUUUGAUUUGGGUUCGGUUGGACGGCGACUCAAGACAUGGCACAAGAUUAAAUCCCUGCAAGACGAGGCCAAUAGCAACCAGCACACGCGGACAGCGCGGACAUGGGGUAGCGAAAUUGGCUCUGACGACGGCAAAGGAGCGAGAAGCCGGACGAACACCGCUGCAACCUCCAUCUCGAAUCGUAUUUCAGCCCAGCGAUUGUCUUCGGGCCAGACGGCCAAGGUCAGCCCCACGGCAUUGAAGUCAUCACCCCUCUCAGUACACAGCACCCACGACAGCCCAACCCGGUCCAGUCACGUCAAACGACCCUCGGCAGCCUCCGUGAGAGAACUGCACCACUCUCGUCGCCAUUCCUCAACCGACUACCGCGCUCCGGCUCCACCGAUGGCCGGUCUCAUCCCAGGAACGACACCUCCUCCGUUGUCACCGGACGCAACGAUGCCGAGUUCUGCAGCGCACAAGAAGCAAGCCUCGUUUGACCGAAACUGGACACUUGGAGGCGCGUUUGGCCAAACGGCUGCGCGACCUCUCUCGUCUGGUGGAGUGCAAGACUCGCGAACCGGCUCAGAGCCGGACCUUCAGGAUUCGGCGGUGGACUUGGAUCGGGGAUAUUUUUCCGGCACAGAGACGGAUGGAAGACGACGCAAUGUCUUGAAGAAGCGAGACGGAAACGCCCAUUCAAGGCGAUCUAGCUAUGCCGAGGAGCAGCGGGUUCGCAGUGCCACGGCUCUGUCUAGGCACUCGAGGUUUGGCAGUGUUGAUUCCUUUCGGGAUCCUGGCCUGUCGCCAGCCGUGCAGAAAUACUAUGGGGUACAGUCGACGACGCAUAGGAAAACGGCGUCGACGAACACGGCAGACUCUCUUCGUCCCGCGCCGCCGGCCAAGGACAGUCCGGCUGCGCCAAUCGUCACGCGUAUAGACAGCGGACUGAACCCUACCCGGUUGCCCGUGUCGCCACCCAACAUGGGCGGCAAGCCAGGAUUCGCGCCCGACUGGCUGACGGCAGUUGUCCACAAGCCCAUGAGCAAAGGCCGUCCGGGCAUGCGCGCGAUUUCGGACAGACUCACAAAUAGAUCCAAGGACAUGACAGCGCCCGAGCCGGGACUCGACUCGCCCGGACGCGCCACGUCGAGCACAGCUUCUGGGGAGCCCAGCAUCGACAUUGACUCCCCGGCCACUGGCAAGAGCUUCAACUCCACGCCAGCGAACAAGAGCAAGGGGAGAAAAAACAAGAAGGACACCAGCGCGUACACGCGAGGCCUUUUGAAAACUUCGCCCGAGCAGGCCAAGGAGGGCGCCGACUACUACGGAUGGAUGAAGAAGAGGAGCUCCAACCUGAUGACGACGUGGAAACCGCGACUUUUUGUCCUCAAGGGCCGUCGUCUCGCAUACUACUACUCCGAAGAGGAUGACCAGGAGAAGGGCCUCAUCGACAUCUCCUUCCACCGCGUCCUGCCUGCAGACAAUGAGCGGCUCACAGGAUUGCACGCGACCAUUACGGGCGCAGUCGGCGGCCCCAGCCUCCCGGCCACGGGCAACGAGUCGGACAAGGGCAGCAACGAGUCGGUCUUCAUCUUCAAGCUCAUGCCACCUCGAGCUGGCCUCUCGAGGGCAGUCAACUUCACCAAGCCCACGGUGCACUACUUUGCCGUGCCCAACAUUCAGCAAGGGCGGCUCUGGAUGGCGGCGUUGAUGAAGGCCACCAUCGACCGAGACGACGCGCAGCCCAUCACGACGACGUACCAGCAAAAGACGAUUUCUCUGGCCAAAGCCAAGCAGAUGCGGCACCGGCCCCCCGCCCUGAUGAACCUCGAGGAAGCCGCCGAGGAUGAACCCAAGCCGGAGGGGACCACCAAGCCCCCCAACCACAACAGCCUGGGCAUCUUUGGCGAGUCCGACAGCGGCGUCUCGGGAAUGGACAAGCUCGCGGGCGUCGGCGUCGGCGUUGUCGCCACUGCCAACACCGAAGCCAACGGCGCGAGCGAAGUCGACCAUCCUCCACCCUCCAGCGCCUAG